AUGAGUACAAACCUUCCAGAGACCGAGCCUGUGGAGCAACUAUUCCUAGAUCUCCCCAUUCAAGACGUCCUUAACAAUGAUGCCGGGAUGCAGAUCAAAGAGCCCUGGUCUAGCCUAUAUGUGAAAGCCAUACGCGAUGGAAGAUUCGGCGACGCUGUAUGGGCACGUUAUCACAUCAGUGGGGAUGUGAUGAAUGGAAUCGUCAGCGAUUCAGGUGGCAAAACCGUGCUUGAGAUCAUCAGGGAAGAUGCAGUGGAGUACAGGGUGAAUGAAAAGAAGGAAUUUGCCAAGGCGAUUUCUUUCUACACGAAAACAAGCAGAGAAGAUGGACAUGCCGACGUAAUUGAGGUUAUAAUGAAUAUUGCAGAGAGCAACAUCGCCGACCUUCAAGCAGAGCUUGAGCGGCGGGGAUAA